CUGGUGAGGACUCUUUUCCUGACUUGUAGAUGUCCACCUUCUUGUUAUGUCCUCACAUGGCUUUCUCCAUAUAUGUGCGCAUUCAGUCCAUAGGAAACUUCUAGGCAGUUGUGAGGCUUAACUUGAGUAGUACACACAAAAUGCAUAGAAUGAUACCUGGCCCAUGGUAACCUUGCAAGGAAUGUUAUCCAGAUGAGCAUCGUAAGGGGAACUAAAGAGGAGGAGCAAGAAUGCAGAUAGCAUUAAGAAAGGCGGUCAGGAGGAGCACCUGGGUGGCUCAGUCGGUUGAGCGUCAGACUCUUGGUUUUAGCUCAGGUCAUGAUCUCAGAGUUUCAUGAGUUCAAGCCCCAAGUUGGGCUCUGCACUGGCAGUAUGGAAUCUGCUUGGGAUUCUGUCUCUCCUUCUCUCUCCGCCCACCUCCCCCUGCACUCACAUGGUCUCUGUCUCUCUCAGAAUACAUAAACUUAAAAAGAAAAAGAAAGGUAGUCAGGAAAAGCCUUCUUUGAGGAGGUGACAGGGAGCUGAGGCCCAAAUGAAAUCAAAGAGAUAGCUACACAAUGAUCCUUGGGGAAUAGUGGUUCUGGCAGAGGGGACUACUAGUACAAAGGCCCUGAGGUGGGAAGGAAUUUAGCUAUUUUUGGAAAAGAAAGACAGCCUGUGUGAAUGGAGCCUAGUGACACCAUGAAAUGGAGGGGAAGGUGAGGUAGGCAGGAGUUAGAUCAUUCGGGGCCUUGCUAGCCAUGGAAAAGAUACUGGUCUUUGUCUUAGGAGCAGUGGAAAGUCCCCUGAUUUGUCUCAUAAACCUGAAGUAAAUGAAGACUGGUAGAGAAAGAACCCAGGGGCCUGAAGACUUGGAUUUGAGUCUGUGCCUCUUGACUAGUUAGGUGUGCUUGUAAAGUGUUUUUCCUUACUGGGGCCUUAACCUCCGUAUGUGAAAAAGAGGCGUCGUAGUGCCUCUCCUAGAAGCUUUGUGAAGACCCAAGGAUGCGUCUUUGCUUCUUAAGUGUUGGUUGGCAUGGCCCUGAGAGGAUGUUUAAAGUACAGCUUUCUGGGGCGCCUGGGUGGCUCAGUCGGUUAAGCGGCCGACUUCGGCUCAGGUCAUGAUCUCACGGUCAGUGAGUUCAAGCCCCGCGUCGGGCUCUGUGCUGACCGCUCAGAGCCUGGAGCCUGUUUCAGAUUCUGUGUCUCCCUCUCUCUGACCCUCCCCCGUUCAUGCUCUGUCUCUCUCUGUCUCAAAAAUAAACAAACGUUAAAAAAUAAAUAAAUAAAGUACAGCUUUCUGAGUCCAUCCUCAUGCUCCCUGGAUGAUUAUUCUCAUGCAGGGGACGGGGUUCACAGACCUGACUUGGAGAAACAUAACUCUAGGGAGUGAUGAGUGGAAGAGUCCUCAGUGAACAAUGAAGUGAGGAGUUAAUGGUGGGAUUUAGACAGGGGCCUAGCCCACAUGGCCCUCUGCUCUUUAUGGAGCUGGGCACCUGUUGGGACCAGCCUACUUCCCUACCUUUUCCCCAGGAAAGUGCUUCCCUACCUUUUCCCCAGGGAAGUGCUUCAGGAGGAGAGAUGUGUACCUCCAGCUCUCUGAUUUCUGGUUCACAGGUGGGAACACUGAGGCCCAGAGCUCAGAACGCAGGGGUCAAGCCCUCUGAGAGGGAAACAGACAUAAAGGGUGCUGGUUCUGGUCUCAAGGCAGUUCUACAGGAAUGAGAGAAGAUGAAGAUGUGGCCUGAAUUCAGGGUUCUGGUCACUGUAAGGUUGGCCCAGCAGCAGACAAGUCUGGGAGGGCCCAGACGACUGAUCAAGGGCCCAGCAACUCAAGGCAAGUUAAACAUCUGAUUCAAGUCCCAGCUGUUGAGUCUAGCUUUGUGACCAUGGGCUAGUCACUAAAUCCCUUGGAACCUCAGUUCAUUUGUUUGUAAAACGAGGAUAAGAUCUCUGUCUCAGGAAGCUGUAAGAGAACUAAAUAAGGUAGCGUGCUCAGCAAAGUGUCUGGCUCUCAGAAGACUCUCAGUAAUUGAGGGCAUUUAUUCAUAUCAUAUCACUUCCAUUCAGUCUUCAUCCAACCCUGUGAGGUAAGUACUAUUACCUCCAUUUUUCAGAUGAGAAAAUUGAGGUCCUGUGGUAUAAAGUAAAUGUCACAAGGUCACUGCUAGGAAGUGAGUGAGGCAAGAUUCAAAGCCAGGCAGUCUGGUUUCAGAGACGGGACACUUAACCACAAUGUUACAUUGUUUCUCUGGGCCUCCGUUCCCAUAUCUGUAAAAAAGGAAUCUAUAUAAUAGAACUUUUAUUGCGAUGUUGAUGUGAAGUUUGAAUUAAUAUAUGUAAAGAGCUUAGGAAACUGCCUUUUAUUUAGCAAGUGCUCAGUAAAUGUGAGCUAUCUUUUUUAUUAAAGAGAAACUUUAUCAGGCAGUCUGUGCAGAGAUGGUCUGGAAAGGAGGUAGUGACUGCCUCAUCCAGAGACAGGGAAGGAUCCCCUGGGAACUGUAGGGGGAAAUUCAAACCACGGGGAAGGUUGGUCCUCAAGCCCUUUAACUCACCUUCCAGCGCCAGCACUUAGUGGGAAAAGUGAAAAGAACCAAGCUGAGGGUGGAACAGAGUUGUGUGGGAUUGGGGCCAAAAACCAGAGGGGAAAUGCAGGAAGAGCUUCCUGGGGGGAGUGGGGCUCAAAGGAAGGAUUGGUGGGAUUUGUAACAGCCAGGAAGGACCUGAGAGUUGGCGUGGUAUGAUGGAAGUCAUGGAAAGUUAUUGAGCAGGGGACAAAGUGUCACAUGAUACUUUAUGAAGAAGCUGUCUGUGCACAUAGCAGAUGAUGUGUGUAGGGGUGGGGACUGAGGCAGGGCCACUAGGCAGAAGGGUGCUGACUAUAAAGAUGCAGCCCUGGCUGGGUCAGAACUUCCUCCCUGGGUCAGAACUUCAAAGCCACCAAACCCUGAGGUAUACAGAUGAGGAAACAGGCCUAGAAAGGAGCAGUAGAACUCAGGCUUCUUACCUCCCAGACUGGAUUCUGCACACACCUGGCUCCCUGCCCUGUCUAUAGCAGCAUCCUCCCUCCCCCUGGCCACCCCCAGCAGCUGCUGCUGAGCCUUUCCUAAGUGGAUCUGCCCAUAAUCCUCUUCUUUUCAUCCCCUAGGGAGGAUGAGCUGGUGUUAAGACUAAUGCAGCCAUUAAUCCUAUUUCCUCCCAGCCUUGAUCCCCAGGAGCAGCUGGAUGGAGGGUGUCUGGGCUAUGAAUGAGAAAGAAGGGGGCUUAUCCAGAGCAGGUGUCCCAGGAGGCCAGGCUAAAUCAGAUAUAUUGAUUAUACUGAGACACAUGUAAUUGCUAGCAAUGGCUCAAGCCACCUUGAGAGUAACUGAGCUCCCCAUUACCAGAGAUAUGGGAGCAGGAGCUCAACAGCAAUUCCAGAGCAGAGGGUGGACCAGGAUUCCUGUCUAGGGUGGAGUACCUUACAGCUGUGCAAGGCCAGAAUUCUGUGUGAACAGUUGCUGCCUCUGAAAGCUAACUAACCAGAAGGGAAAGACAAAAUACAUACACUGGGGACCUACUUCUUCCAGACAGACGGUGCCAAUCACCAGUUAGCCCACUAGUUCUGCCUUCUGCUGAACCUACCUCUGUCUUCUCUGGGCACUUGGCAACCUUCAGGUCUGACCCACACCUACGUAGCCUCUGUGUCUGCAGGCAUGCAUAGGACUCUGUGUCCUGGCACAGGCCUUAGAUGCUGAGCUGGAAAAGGAAGAUGGUGAGAUGGACGGAACUUGGGCCUUCUGGGAAUAUGCAGGGUUUGGAAAAGCCCAGAGGCUGGGGAGAGAAGUGCAGGUGCACAUUUUGAUAACUCCAGACUCCUCUCUUAGACCCUCAGAGGUUACCUGGUCCAACUUCCUUCCUCAAUGAACAGACCAGACAGGAAACUUGAGUGCAGAGUGUUAGACCCAGGGGUGUUUGGAAAGAAGGAUGUGGCCAUCCCCCAUGGGAAAUGCUGGUAAGACAGAACUCCUCUCUGAGGCCUUGUUAAGGAUAGAGGCCUUAGAGAAUGGCAGAAGGAUGUGGCUUGUGUCUAACUUUGCUUCUUUCCUAGAGAAGCUCCGCCCUCUGAGGCCAUGGAGGUGGAGUCUACAGAGGCCCGGUCAUCCUCCACCCUCGGCUACAAGCGAUCCGGCCGUCGCUACAAGUGCCUGUCCUGUACUAAGACAUUUCCAAAUGCGCCCAGGGCAGCGCGUCAUGCUGCCACCCAUGGUCCUGUAGACUACACAGAGGAGGUGGCGGAAACGAAGCUGAAGCCGGAGACAGAACCCAAAGCAGAGGAUGCCAGUGGGGACAAGGUGUCAAGUGCAUCGGCAAAGCCUCGGCCUUAUGCAUGCCCGCUGUGCCCCAAGGCCUAUAAAACGGCACCUGAGCUGCGCAGUCACGGUCGCAGCCACACUGGUGAAAAGCCCUUCCCUUGCCCCGAGUGUGGCCGCCGCUUUAUGCAGCCAGUGUGCCUGCGUGUGCACCUGGCCUCACAUGCUGGCGAGCUGCCCUUCCGCUGUGCUCACUGCCCCAAGGCCUAUGGCGCGCUCUCCAAGCUCAAGAUUCACCAGCGUGGUCACACGGGCGAGCGGCCCUAUGCUUGCUCCGAUUGCGGCAAGAGCUUCGCCGACCCUUCCGUGUUCCGCAAGCACCGGCGCACCCACGCGGGCCUACGGCCCUACGGCUGCGAGCGCUGCGGCAAGGCCUACGCUGAGCUCAAGGACCUACGCAACCAUGAGCGGUCCCACACCGGUGAGCGCCCCUUCCUCUGCUCGGAGUGUGGGAAGAGCUUCUCCCGCUCGUCCUCUCUCACGUGCCACCAGCGGAUCCAUGCGGCACAGAAGCCCUAUCGCUGCCCAGCCUGUGGCAAGGGCUUCACGCAGCUCAGCUCCUACCAGAGCCAUGAGCGCACUCACUCGGGCGAGAAGCCCUUCCUGUGCCCGCGUUGUGGCCGCAUGUUCUCCGACCCCUCAAGCUUCCGGCGCCACCAGCGGGCCCACGAGGGGGUUAAGCCUUAUCGCUGCGAGAAGUGCGGCAAAGACUUUCGGCAGCCCGCAGACCUGGCCAUGCACAGGCGGGUGCACACAGGCGACCGGCCGUUCAAGUGCCUGCAGUGUGACAAGACGUUCGUGGCGUCUUGGGACCUCAAGCGCCAUGCGUUGGUCCACUCAGGCCAACGGCCUUUUCGCUGUGAGGAGUGUGGGCGAGCCUUCGCCGAGCGAGCCAGCCUUACUAAGCACAGCCGGGUGCACUCAGGUGAGCGCCCCUUCCACUGUAACGCCUGUGGAAAAUCCUUCGUGGUAUCGUCCAGCCUGAGGAAGCAUGAGCGGACCCAUCGGAGUAGUGAGGCCGCAGGGGCUCCCCCUCAACAGGAGCUGGUAGUAGGGCUGGCACUGCCUGUCAGUGUGGCAGGCGAGGGCUCAACGGCCCCGGCAGCAGGUGCAGGGCUAGGGGACCCUCCAGCAGGGCUGCUAGGGCUGCCCCCCGAAUCAGGUGGUGUGAUGGCCACCCAGUGGCAAGUGGUAGGCAUGACGGUGGAACAUGUGGAGUGCCAAGAUGCUGGGGUUGGGGAGGCUCCUGGUCCCUUGGCAGGGGCGGGUGAGGUGGGAGGUGAGGAAGUUGACGAGAAGCCACCGCAGUUUGUGUGCCGGGAGUGUAAGGAGACGUUCUCCACGCUGACGCUGCUGCGACGGCAUGAGCGCUCACACCCUGAGCUCCGGCCCUUUCCCUGCACCCAGUGUGGCAAGAGCUUCUCUGACCGGGCUGGGCUGCGCAAACACAGCCGCACCCACAGCUCUGUGCGCCCCUACACCUGCCCCCACUGCCCCAAGGCCUUCUUGAGUGCGAGCGACCUGCGCAAGCAUGAGCGUACCCACCCCGUUCCCAUCGGGACCCCCACGCCCCUCGAGCCCCUUGUGGCUUUGCUAGGAAUGCCUGAAGAGGGACCAGCGUGAAGCCCAUGCCCCGCCACCUCAUUCCUAGGAGCCCAGGCCUCACGGGGUGCGUCCUGAACCUCUCUUCGCCCCGGCUCACUCUUUAGACUCCAGAUCCCUGCCCCACCCCCGGGCAGCUAGCUCUCCUUGCCAACAAAGAGCUGGGGACGAUGGAGGUGGGCAGCAGCUAUUGAGAGAUGUGUGUCUCUCUCUGAGUAACACUCAUUAAAGCAUUCACUUUGACACUGAGUUGUCUUCUGUGUUUUGGUUGGGUGGAAAGGGAGUGGGAGUUUGGACAUCAGAUAAGGUUCAGUGGAGACCCCUGGAUUGACAGAUAAGAAACUAGAAGGGUCUUUGGAUGUAUUGUUUCCCAACAUAUGUUUUCAGAAUGUCUUUUGAAAAAGGGUUCCCUGGUCAAGGAAGUACCAGGAAUUUCCUGUGCCCUUCUUGGGGAUUGUUGGUGAUCAAGAGUGUACUAAAGUCAUUGAUAAAUCCUACAAUGAACAUUUAGCUCUGCCCAUAGUUAUUUCAUCCUGGAAACCUUUUACUGACUAGUUCUGUCCUUUUACAGAUAAUACACAGAGGUCCUAAAUUAGUACAUUUCCUGUAUACUACAGUAAUAAAUUAGAAAAACUACUUGGGGGACAAAGAGGGACAAACAAAACCCAUAAACUACAAAAGAAUAAACCUCACAAGAAAUAUGCAAAACCUAUAUGAAGAAAAUGGUAUCACUGUCCUGAAGGUUUUAAGACCUAACUAAAUGGAGACAUACCAUGUACCUGCAUGGAAAGACAUUCUCCCUAGUCUAAUCCUUAGAUUCACUGUCACCCAAAAAGAUUUAUUAACACAACUUGAAACCCCAAAACUCCUGUAAUACAUUUUUAAGAACCAAUGGAGGUGAUGUAUUUGACAUACUAGAUAAACACCAAAGCACUGAAGUUAAAAUAGGUUAUUAUUGGCACAAGAAUAAAUCAGCCAAUGGAGUUGGGGGUGGGAGGGUUUAGAAACAGCCCUAUUUCUGAGAAUUUAGUUUAUGGUAAAUAUGAUUAUUCAAAUCAGUGGGGAAAGGAUGGCUGUUAAAUUACAGUCCUAUCCAUAAUCUGGAAGACUACACAACUUUUUAAAGACCAAAAAAAAAAAAAAAAAAAAAGAAACCUCACAUUUAGUAUAAAUUGAUAUAAUUUUGGGGAGAGAUGAUUUGGGCAUGUUUAUUAAAAAAUUCAAAUGCAUAUACCCUUUGACUUGGCAAGCACAUGUCAAAAAAUUUACACCACAGAGUUCUUUUUCCACUUCCAUGGCAAAGUUGAAGACAAGAAUGCUCGGUGCAGCAAAAUUUGUGAUAACCGGGAAUACCCUAAAUGUCCAUUAGCAAAGGACUAAUUACAUAAAGCUAGCCACUAUAAAAUAUAUUAUGCAGCUGUUUUUAAAAAAUGAGGCUUAUUAACUUAUUUUGUUGAAAGAUAUCUUGAAAAUAUGUCAAGUGAAAAAAAUAAGGUACAAAGCAGCGUGGUUAGCAUGUUCCCAUUAAGUUUAUUUAUUUAUUUUUGAGACAGAGAGAGCACAAGCAAGGGAGGGGCAGAGAGAGAGGGAGACACAGAAUCCAAAGAAGGCUCCAGGCUGUGAGCUGUCAGCACAGAAUCUGAUGCGAGGCUCAAAUCCACGAGCCGUUAGAUCCUGACCUGAGCCAAAGUCAGACACUUAACUGACUGAGCCACCCUGGCGCCCCUUGAAUAUUUUUAGAAGGACACUCAAGAACAGACUUUGGAUUAUAAAGUCCAGCCACUAGGGCCUUCCCAAUUUAUAAGCCAAAAUGAAACCAAAGGUCAGAGUGAACCAGUUCCUCCUUACCAUGCUCUUAUCAUCUCUAGACUUGCUCUUAUCAACACUAGACCAAGUUGGCAGCCUCAGGAAGUGACCCAUGUGCACCCCCUCUCCAGGCCCACAUGCCAGUCAUAGGGGACUUUGCAGUAGCUGGUAAAGUCAGGAUUGUUAACACCAGGUAGCUCCAGGAACAGAAAUAGCAAGUAUCCCCUUGAUGUCAGGGACUUCACUCAAGAGUUGUCAUGCCCAGGUUCUCAGACAGUAGCUUUAGAAGAGGUUCUUAUCCCUGUUCUCCAUAGCAGCACAAGGGGGCCACAUGGUAGCAGCAGGGACCAGGAUGUCAUAGCUGCGGGAAGAGACACCAGUUUGGCCAAGGACACUCACUGCCUGUUGCCAUUCGCAAAGUAAGACAAGCACUGACUCCAGGCCUUCUGCCUGUACAGGCUGGCAUCAAAGUCUGACAGAAUCCAAGGAAGAAACAAACUGGACUAGGGUAUUGGAAAUGGAAAUUUGUGUUACUACUGACUUGUGAACUUGAGCAAGAUGAUUUAUCUUGGAGAUGACGAGGCACCUUUUAAAAAUUGGUACAAAGAUACCAUAGACCCCAAUCAACAGACACCCACGGGUAUCAAUCUACAAUGAAGGAUGAAGUGGGUCCUGUGGAGGUUUAGAAGAAAUCCACAACUUCUGCUCCCUUUCUGGGACCAGAUAGCACACCCAUACCUUGGUCCCCCUCUCUGACACCCCAGGCAUCCCACAUCCCAGUUCCUGCUCCCUGAGGACUCAGAUGGUCUGACUUUUUU